UGCUGAACUCAGAGGAAACGAAGCUUUAAAACCACCCUUUAUGGAACGAGUUUAGCUUUCAUGUCUCACUAAAGAAGAAAUUCUCUGUUUCCCAGUUGUGGAAACAUAAAUACUGAAUAGUUAAAAGCUACGAAAAGACGUGAACAGCCAAAUAAUUACCUUCGCGCCGAAAAGGAAACAAACAUGGCGAGUGAUGCUAGUGAUGACAAGCGUGUUUCGCAAGUAACUUGUUACGAUCGCUACGGCUUUGCAGUGUAUGAUACAAGUUCUGAAUUUGCAGUUGAUGACUGUAGAACCCACGAAUACAGACAACAUUCAGAUGCUGAAAGUUCCAAAGUUAGACAAUUUUGGACAAAGACGCUCUCAAACUGGGAGGAAAAUCAGCUCUUUUCUCCUAAACGGGUUCGGUGCUUCAUUAAGCAAGGUGUACCUGAUGACAUGAGAGGAAAGAUUUGGAACAAAAUGGUUGGAAGCCAAGCAAUCAAGGCUACCUCUUUAUUUGAUUACCAGGCCUGCUUAGCGGAGAUACGCCAACUUCUUGUCGACUUGGGAGUCAGUGAAUAUGGAGGGACAAACUGUAUUUCAAGACUAGGGCAAAUUGUUGCGUCACUGGUCAACAGCAACAAGGAAAAUCUUAUAGAUAGCCCUAACACUGUCAUCAUGACAAGACAGUGGAAAAGGAAUCUUCAUAAGCAGAUAUCAGUUUUCAGACAAAUCAUGUUGGAUAUAGACAGAUCUUUCCCAAGUCAUAAGAUGUUCAUAGAAGGGACAAGUGAAGGAAAAGAGGGAAGAGCAACUCUCUUUAGAGUUCUGGCAGUGUAUGCAAUGUAUAAUCCUCAAGUGUCAUAUUGCCAAGGCAUGUCCUAUAUUGCAGGAAUGUUUCUUAUGAACAUGGAUGAGGAGGAUUCCUUUUGGUGUUUGGUUUCUAUGUUUGAGAGACCAAAGUACUUAGCCGGCUAUUUUAAUGAUUCACUUGGAAAGAUACAAAGACAUGCAUCAGUUUUUGAGAGACUUAUGCGACAGAGACGAACCAAGCUAUACAAACACCUGGAGGUGCAAGGUGUGUCGCCUCUCAUGUACCUGACACCAUGGUUCAUGGCCUUGUUUACAUCUCUCCCAUGCUGGGAUGCUGUGCUCACCAUUUGGGAUUUGCUUCUCUUGGAAGGCAUGUCCAUUAUCUUCCAAGUUGCCCUUGCACUUCUGGAUGUCUUGUCAGUUGAGAUUCUUCCAUUGAAGGAAAUAGCACAAGUUCUGCCAAUAUUACUGCAUCCUUCAGCAAUACCACUCCUGAAUCAAACAUGUAAGUUUUAUCACCUCAACAGGAUCACUCGUGAAAAGCUGGUUGCCGCAAUUUGGAAAGUGAAGCCAAUUUUAAGAUGGGAAAUUGACUCAAUUCAAGCCAUACUUUAUGAGGAAGAGGCCGGUUGCAAAGCAAAUACAACAAGGGGUAACAAGAGAAGUUUGAACAAUCAGAAUGAGGACGACAACAGGAAAAGACAACGAACCUUCAGCAAUCAAUCCCCUCAAGCACCAGCUGAACCGUCCUUUUUCCAGCGUUUUAUUGGAUUUUUUUCUUCGAACGAUGAAUCAGAGGCCAAAUUUACCACUAACGACAUCGAGAUGACCACAUUUUCAGUUGUCAGCGGGCAAAGUCCAAGUGUGCUCACGCCCUCGUUAUGCUGUUCAGCAGCAGGAGCCUUGAAGACACAGCAUGGAAGAGUGAGCGGUCUUAGGAAGCCCGUGGGUCAGCACAAACGUCAUAAUCGUUACAAUAAGGUAUCCCGCAGAAGAUCUAACAAUGGAAAAGAUGUGCUUAGAAAACGUCACGUGGUUUUCCAAGGCAGUCUGGGGAGUCCUGUAAGGAGAAGUCCGCGCUUCGCGGGACAGCGAACCCCUGUGGGGACUGUGGCAAAGGUCCAGUCUCCCAACAGUCUGGUGCGAAGCUCUGCCACAAAUCAACACGCCUUCAAGCAGUUCAAUACUCCUACCCCUCUCAGACGCUCUCAGGUAUGA